GCCCAGUUUGCUGCUGCUGCUGCUGGCUUCCUGCUGAGUCUCCACUCUCUGUCGUUUGUAGCGGUACACGCUGCCACUCCAGCUCACCACUGAUUCCACAAGUUCCAGAGCCGGGGAAACCUCGACAUUUCGGGUACGUACUCCAUCCACUUCACGUCCGUACGCCACGUGUGCCUCGUACCCGUUGCACAGUGGCACGAAUUAGUGGUUUCAACAGCGUUUGGCGGUGUGACAGGCGACUUAACGAGUGACAUCGUGUAGGAAGAGAUGCGCCAAGAGGUGGGAGGGAAAGCUGAGCACAACUGUAGUCUUGGUCGAAUAUGCUGUGCGCAGAUUUCGGGACCUAGUUAGACUUCGUUUGUAUCUUUUUUACCCACUCCCCUACUGCCAAAGGUAGGGUAUGUUGCAACCAGUCCCCACUGCACCCCAAGCCACCAGUUCCUGUUCCUCCAAAAAGGUUUUUCACUGCCACCCACCCGUGUUUUAACGCAAUGAAAUGAGAAAUGCAGUGUGCCGAAGCAGCAUAGGAGGCUUUUUACAUUUAAGACAAGCGCUAGCGGGACAACAUCACUUCCAAUUUAUUCCCAGGCUCUGCAGUAGUCACACCAAAAGCUGUCAAUCCCACUAGUCCGUGUGGUUUUAAACGUCGCCCGCUGUGCAAAUGGACGGUGAGUGGUGAGUGGUAAUGGAAUAAGACAGCUGUGUGUAGUGGGCCAACUAUCAUGGGGUCUCCUCGUUGGUUGUUGGUGUUAAAAGUGCUGUUUCACUUUUCUUUUUACCUCAUGCAUAGAUAGAAAUGCAGAGGUUUUAGCGUGUUUUUUGUUGAAGAUUCUACAAUGAAAACACAAAAACAUGCUGCCACUUAAAACUAAGAAGGUCAUUUGAGUAGGUUACAGUCAGACAGGCAGCUUUUAAGAUGACCUGUAGUACUGUAUGAGGUCCCAUGACAUUCCUCGUGUCUUGCCAAACUCUUGUGGGGAUUUAACUUGUAAUACAAACCCACACAAAACACGUGGGAAGUGGACUGUCUCCACAUCACUGUAAGCAGGAAGUUGGUACCUUUUGCUCCAAUUUUAAACAGUUUUUCUUUGUGUUUUGGAUAAAUGUGAUUUAGACUUUUGUGCUCCCAAUAAAAUUGUCAUGAGCUCUAGCAUGUUUGUGGUUGUCAGAAACUCAGUUUAACCUCAGUGCUACGGGUUCCACAUUUAAGCUUUCUAAUAUGUCUGCUCAAUUAUUCAGAGUGACGAUGUGGCGUCAUGGAUCAACUUGCUGCCUGACCGUCUGACUUUACAGUAGCUCUUUCACAGAGCUCAGUCAUAGGGCAACGCCAGUUUUUGGCUGAGCCCAGGCCUAAGAUGAAAGAGCCCUCUGUUGUUGACAGACGAGUUUUAGUGAUCUUACUCCUUGGUUCAGCUUUAUAUCUUUAUAGAGAAAAGCUCUGAGUUCUGCAGAAGGAGAGCAGCUCUUACCAGUAAUCUUAUGUCCCAGGUCUGCUUAGUUAACUCUGACAUGCAGUGACAUAAACAGGACAUAAUUCAGGACAAGAUUCCCUUUUUAUAUCUCUUAUCAUGCUGGUUUCCAGCAGGUUCAAUGGCAGCUGUGGGAAACAUGUCUCUGUAUUGAUGUCCAGAUCUAUAGCCUCGCCAUGUAGGCAUUGGAGAACUUUUUGUUGUGAUGGAAUUUAACACCUUUUUUUGAGAGGUACUGUCACACACUGACACAAAAUAUGUAAGAGACCUUUGAGAUGUAAGAUACUGCUCACACAAGCAGACCACAUGUCAGAGAAGGAUCUUCACUGGGAGGGCACUAAUACAGCUGGAAAAGUAUCUAUCAUUGAGCUCAGUGCUUAUUUAACCCUACUGACUCAGUAUUCUCCCAAGCCAAUUGUAUUUUUAGAAUGAUCGGUGUACAUGAGCCACAAUUGGGUAGCACACACAGUGAAGACUUGCUGUCACAUAUUUGCAAAGCGGUGCGUUAAUUUCAGGGUUGUGCAGGCUCGAACACACCCUGGCUUUACAAACUGUAGUUGACAGGUAUAAUACUCGCAUGGCUGAAUGCUUGCGCAACUGGUGGCCUCCAACAUAAAAACAAAUAAGACGUCAAUGGUUGACCGUUGUUGAUAUAAAAAGCUAUAAAAAUUAGCUUAGUGAAACUGGUGCCUUAAAAAUUUUCCCUUUUGAUAAACAUUGUAAAUAAAACCAUCUCUGAUGAUUUCAUAUAUGAAUGGUUUUGAAAAGCAGAUCAGCGUUGAAUGCAUAACUUGAGCCCCUUCUCCACAUCCUGUUGAAUCUACUGCCAGUAAAUUUUGUAGUAGUAGCCAUGUGCACAAACUUCAAAGCAGCUUUCUAUGUUUUGUCCAUAGACUAUAUAGAAUGGACACCAUCUGCCUCCUUGCUGUGUGAAGCCACCAUGAGAAAAGCACGGUGACAGGCUGCAGUAUAGGUCAUAAAGCCCGCCUCCUCCAGCAACCCCAAUGGAGCUGUGGACAAACUUUAAAAAUUAAUUACACAGAAUAUAAAAUUUUCUCCCCCCUGCUUAUGAUGUUGACAUGUAGUUAUUGUAAGACUGGUUUGUGCUUAAAACCUCUUUUUUCUGUUCAGCUCAAUUUUUAAAGGUUAUUAGGGGGUUCAUGUUUUCUAUAAUUGACACUUGAUACAGCCUGUCAGUGUAUGAAGAUUGUGUAGCUCACCCGGGGGAUACGAUGUUUGAGCUGAGCGUCAUCAUGGCAACUAGUGUACAACGCUACUACUCAAGUGGUGGUUCCAGGAAGUGGAGAAAAUCCUGAAAAUACCAAGAGCAAUUCAGCUUCAAAUUCGUAUAAUGACAGAAGACAGGGCCAAGUUGUCCAUUGUAUAUACAGUCUAUGGUUUUGCAAGUGUCGUCUUGUCAUGAUUGACGCAGACCUUACCUGAAUCCCUAAAUGAGCAGAUUCAGAGUUUAGAGGAAUAGUCCCAUGUUUUAAAAUAAAGUUUUUUAAAGUUGGUACGUGUUUUAUAAAUGGAGAUUUCUGGCCCCUUUGUUGUAAAACUUGGCAGAUAAAUAUAAGUUUGGGGUCAAUUUUUUAGGUGCAUUCUGUGGCUUUUUUUCCCUUUACUUGAUAGGACAGCGUGAUGACAGACAGGAAUUAGGAGCAUAGAGAGUAGGGGAUGGUUUGCAGCAAAGGGUUGGGGUUGAAAGUAAAACCUGAGACCACUGCAUCAAGGGCUUUUGUCUCUGUAAAUGGUGCACUUGCUGAAACAGCUGGAGCAACUGGUGCCCUAAAUGGGGUCAAAUUUACAAUUUUGUUUAGCCUGUUUUAAUACCUCCCAAACACUAAUGUCAGAUGUCAGUGUAUGUAUGUGUGUGAGUAUGUGCUCUUGCGGACCAAAAUCCACUUUUUAGGCAAUGUUUCGUGGACACAACACAGGUUCCUCCACCUGCAACACACCAGUCAGCUGCAGUCCAGCUGAACUUUACCUCAGUGUCAGUUGGCAGAGUUUAGAGCUGAAACGAUUCCUGGAGUACCUCAGUUACAAAAAAAUGAGGGGAAUUUUCUCUGCCUCAAGUACUCGUUUAUAAACUCAAAUCAUCACUGUUUUGCAGGGAUUAUUUUCAGGGUGACACAACGUGCUUACGUCAUCACGGUAGAGGAAGGAGUAAGUGCAGUUUUGGUUGUGCGAAGCGGAAAAUUUGAAUGAUAAGAGGGGCUUUUCUUCUGCAGAGCUCCAGUAGAUCAUUAGCAUUUCGCGUCUGAGUCGUGGGCGGAGACAACACUGCUCUGUACACUCCUCUUCAUGCUAGUGUGAAGCCUAACAUAACAAAGGAGCUAUUUCAUGCCCCUAAUGUCUUUAGGGGCAUGAUGAAAGCUGAUAUCAUGAUUUGCUUUCUUACGAGCAUUGCAAUCCACUAACGCACACACUUGUUCCGGGAUUAAUAAAAGAAAAAGUUUUAUCUGACUAGUCGAUUAAUUGAUGGAAUAUUUGGCUGAAUACUCAAUUACUAAAACAUUCAAUAGCUGCAGGCCUAGUAGAGAUGCAGUAAUAGUGAAAAUCAGGGAGCGAUACAGAUCAGUUCGGCUAAUACCAAAUAGCCAUUACUAAUGAUCUUUGUAUUACUUCUUUAUCACUUGUUGUGUCUGGUUUUUAAAGAAGCUAUAUGAUUUGAUGUAUGUAAAUAGUUGGUUGCCCUGCUUGUCCUUCUCAAAACGUCUGAGGAACACGUCAUAGAAACUGUACUGUGCUGAUCUUUCUCAGAGAUCCAGUAGUCGUAGUCCAGCAGGAGACUUCCUCUGCCCAAUAUAAAAAUGUCUCUGAAUCUGCAGUGAGUUGCAGGGAACUGAGAAAUUACGUCCAAGACAAAUAUCCAUUCUGCUUUUCAGUUUUUUUUUCUGAUUAAGCUUCUUAAAAUUGUACCAAGCCCAAAAAGAGUCAGUAAGUCUGUAAGUCAGGGAACUCUAGCUCGAGAGAUGCAGACUGCAGUGGUGUGUAAGCUGCUGGUAUCCUCUGAUUCAGGAAUAAAAGGUCCUGAACUAGUGCCGAUACUAAGUCCUACCUGUGACAUUAAGUGGGACCUGGAUUUGUCUCGAUGGGCUCAGUUUAUACACCUGCAGCACUGGAUAGCUUGGAGUCUUAGUUUUACCUUUAAGUCCCCCGUGCUGCAUCAGUGGCUGGUUUCUCAACUAAGAGGCUGAGCUGACCAGCAUGUGGGUGAUAUACCCACUAUUUACAUAUCUCAUACCUGAGCCCCUUUUCAACACCAAACUAUCUCUUUAAAUCAGCUAUCACAUGGGUGGUUUUUACUCAUACAGCUUUCAUAUAUCAUGUUAUAUGUGCAACAGUUUUCCGUCUCUUAUAAUAAUUUCUAGAAAAUAUCCUCACUAUUACUCUGGCCUCAUAAAUAGCCAAAUGAGGAUCUGAGUCAGUGUGAAGUCUGAUGAUGAAAUUCUCACUCAGCAGUGUGCAGACUCCAAGCUUACGCAGAGUUGUUAGAUCCUCUCAAAGUGUGGCUGAAAAAGAAAAAAGUAGAAGGGGUGUGUGUGUGUGUGUGUGUGUGUGUGUGUGUGUGUGUGUGUGUGUGUGUGUGUGUGUGUGUGUGUGUGUGUGUGUGUGUGUGUGUGUGUGUGUGUGUGUGUGUGUGUGUGUGUGUGUGUGUGUGUACUAUGCACUAUGCAAGACUAGCAUUAGCCAACAUCCGAGCUGGUGAAACAAGUCAAAGACAGUUCAGUGGUCUGAGGAAACCAAAAUGAUCAUUUUGAUUCUUACACUUAAAGCUCUAUCUGAGAACUGCGACUCACAUAAUUGUAGAGACCUAUAAACACAGAGCUUCAUUGCAGCUUGUUGAUUGAAGCCGAGGAGCCACUCAUAUCGUUCAAAUCAUGGCUAAUCUGCCUCAUAAAAUCAGCAUUUUUGUCAGGAUGGACAUUUCUGCCAGCUGUUAUAUUACAAAACCCAAUUCCAUUGGGUUCCAUCAGGAAAUUGUGAUAAACGUAAAUAAAAACAGAAUGAAUGAUUUGCAAAUCCUUUUCAACCUAUAUUCAAUUGAAUACACUACAAAGACAAGAUAUUUAAUGUUCAAACUGAUCAACUUUUUUUUUUAAUAAUAAUAAUUAACUCAGAAUUUCAUGGCUGCAACACGUGACAAAGUAGUUGGGACAGUACUUGAUGUACAGCUUCAGUUGUUCAACAGUCCGGGGUCUCCGUUGUUGUAUUUUACGCUUCAUAAUGCGCCACACAUUUUCAAUGGGAGACAGGUCUGGACUGCAGGCAGGCCAUUCGAGUACCCACACUCUUUUACUACGAAGCCACGCUGUUGUAACACGUGCAGAAUGUGGCUUUGCAUUGUCUCGCUGAAAUAAGCAGGGGCGUCCAUGAAAAAGACGUCGCUUGGAUGGCAGCAUAUGUUGCUCCAAAACCUGUAUGUACCUUUCAGCAUUAAUGUUGCCCUCACAGAUGUGUAAGUUACCCAUGCCUUGGGCACUAAUACACCCCCAUGCCAUCACAGAUGCUGGCUUUGGAACUUUGCGUCGAUAACAGGCCAGAUGGUUCUUUUUCUCUUUUGCCAGGAGGACACGACGUCCACUAUUUCCUAAAACAAUUUGAAAUGUGGACUUGUCAGACCACAGAACACUUUUCCACUUUGCAUCAGUCCAUCUUAGAUGAGCUCGGGCCCAGAGAAGCCGGCGGCAUUUCUGAAUGUUGUUGAUAAAUGGCUUUCGCUUUGCAUAGUAGAGUUUUAACUUGUACUUACAGAUGUAGCGACGAACUGUAUUUACUGACAGUGGUUUUCUGAAGUGUUCCUGAGCCCAUGUGGUGAUAUCCUUUACACAUUGAUGUCGGUUUUUGAUACAGUGCUGCCUGAGGGAUCGAAGGUCAUGGGCAUUCAAUGUAUAUACUCUCUCUCUCUCUCUCUCUCUCUCUCUCUCUCUCUCUCUCUAUAAAUAUAUAUUUAUAUAUAUAUAUAUAUAUAUAUGUGUGUGUGUGUGUGUGUGUGUGUGUGUGUGUGUGUGUAUAAAUACUCUUUCUGUAUGAUUUGUCAUCUACAAAUAAGUCCUUUAUGCAUAUCAUCAUUGGAUAGGGGAAAAUAAAAACACAGAGGCAUUAAAUAUUCAGCAAAAGUCAGCUUUACUCUUUAUUUUCAAAAUGUUUUUAUUUGCUGCAUCAGUCUGGCAUCCUUUGAGAAGGAAAUUGUCGGCAGGCCGUGAGACUACAGUGAACUGAACAAUGGACGAUUCCUAAACAAUGAAUCAUAAGGAAAUACAAGGGUGUUUUCACAGUCAGGUAUUUAAUCUGCUCAUUGGAAAAGCAUUGAUUUAAUAGUCCAAAGAUAAUGUGUUCACACAGUUGGAAGUUUUUUCUACUACCUGUCCUUCCUGCAGGCAGCAGCUGCUUCAGAUGUGGAGCUGAUACAUGAAGUGAAAACUUCCCGGAGAUGUUGUCUUUCUGAUAACAUCCUCGUACCGUCAUGUGCUCUGAAUUUGUCAAAUUUUCAGCCGUGGGAUGUAGACUCCACUCCUCUUUUAUAAAAACAACCAUGAAAACACUGGAUUCACUUUGAAUUGAUAAUAACCAUCAUUAUGUUGCUGCUUUGGAAUUUCCGUUUGAAGGAUUCAAGAACCCACUUACCCAUACAAACCCCUAUGAACCUUAUGAACCAUACAUUCCUUAUCAUUAAUAUUUCUAACUUAAUACAUUGUCUGUGAGGAGUCCACUGCUGACACUGUCCAUUUGAGCCUCCUGCUGUAGCAGCUUUCUGAUGUUUGCUGUUGAUAACAACAAUAAAGUUGUUCAAGUCUGAGUCAGAGGUUGGGUUGCUGAAGAACUUCUCUUUUGUUCUCUCUUCUUCUGUCUGACUAUUAUACAUAUUCACAGUCACCUUUGUCAGAGUGCAGCUUUACUGCAGUCCCUGUUUUGGGGUCUGACAGGAUUGCAGCUGGAGCAGGCCACUUGGCAUCAGGAUGUAAUGCAGCAAAAUGUAUAUCUGCAGCUGAAGACUAACCCUUAGAGGGUGUCUACAUGUAGCAAAGGCUAAGUUCACAGCAGAACGUAAGACUGUAUGUAGAAGAACAAAGAUAAAUGUGAUUGAUUACAAAAUAAUUUCAUACUUUGAACCCCUUGACUAAAUUAAGGUUGUUGAAUUUUGGAGCUUAUGGCUUUCUGUUUUUUAAAGUUUUCUCAUGGCAGAGUUUCCAUAAUCUCGUCAAAGUUUUGCAGUCUUCGGUGUAAAUCAUUUUAGUUUUUCGAGCUUGAUGCUCUGCUGCUCUUAAUCUUUAGUAAGUCUAAUUUUCUUAGAUGCCUUUAGUUAGCCACACCACCCACUGCACCAGCUGAAAUGUCGGCAUGUUCAGAGUUACUGUGCCAAGCUGAAAAACUGGUUUAACGGUAACUGCAGGAGCACUGCAGCAGCUGAAGCUCAUGCAAGUAAAACAAUAGAAACACCAUGAACACCAGUGAGCCUGCCAAGUGUUCAGCUAGGUUGAAUGAGAUUAAGUCGUGGUUUUAACCCUGUCAUAACCUUUUACACAGCCUAUUUACCGUGUCACUGGAAUAUUGAAUUUCCCUUCGGGGAUUAAUAAAGUUCUUCUUAUCUGAUUUUAUCCCACAUGGCUGUAAGUUUAGCAGUUCAAAUUUACUCUAAAUAUUUGAAAUGUUCAGAUGUCUUUUUGAAAUGCUGUCAACAGUUGACAUGAACUCUCAGCUUCUGUCAUUUAGACAAAUGAGUCAAGAGUCUCCUUCACAAAACAAAGUGAUUUAUGGUCGCAAAGAAUGUUUUUAGUUCAGUGUUGCUGCUCUGUCAUUUUGAUAUAUCUGUACAGUGCACCUCGUAAAAGUGGAACUCAAUAGAUGUCUUUCAGAAUUAAGUGGAACAGUGUUUUGCACAAUGUUCCGUUUGAGGAUGAGUUUAUUUUCAACUAUACUUUUGCAGGUUUUUAUCUCCUCUGGUAAUGACAGGUUUGUUGCAAUUAUUAGCAAAUAGCUUUAUAUAACUAGGGCUGCAGCUAUCGAAUGUUUAAGAAAUAGAGUAUUCUACCGAAUAUUCCAUCGAUGAAUCUAGUAAUCAGAUAAAACUUUUUUUUUUGUUAAAGUGCAAUUAUUAAUAUACAAGAAAAAAUAAGACAUUUAACUUAAUAAUGAACAAUAAAUUUUUUUUCCUUCUUAAGAAACAAGGAACGCGGUACAGGUGUGUGCGUUAGCAGAUUGCAAUGCUCGUAAAAAAGCUAAUCAUGAUAUUAGCUUUCAUCUCGUCCCCAAAGACAUUCGAGUUCGAGAGCUGAAUAGCUCCUAUGUUACCUCUACCUCUACAACACCGGCAAUGUUAGCCUACAAGCUAGCAUGGAGAGGAGUGUGCAGAGCAGCACUGUCUCGGUCCAAGACUCAGAGCCAAAUGCUAAUGAGCUACUGGAGCUCUGAGGAGAAAAGCUUCUCUCACCAUUCAUUUUUACCGCUCCGCAAAACUAAAACUGCGCUUACUCCUCCUUCUACCAUGAAAGAGAAUAAGCACGUUGUGCCAACUUGAAAAUAAUCUGUGCAAAGCGGUGACGAUUUGAGUUUUAAGUACUCGAGGCAGAGAAAAUUCCUCAAUCGUUUUUUGUAAUUGAGGUACUCGAGGAAUCUUUUCAGCCCUAUAUAUAGCAUCUGUAAUCUUAUUAUGACAGCUGGACUGAACCCUUGAAUUCACUGGAACUGCAGUGAUAAACCCUGUUGUUUCAGUAAAUAUGUUUUCAAUCUAUUCUGAAGAAGGCAGCUAAGGGUUUCCCCCCGACAGUCAGGUUAAUUCUUGUCAGAAUGAACCAUCUCAGUUAAUGAUUAGAUUUGUUAUCACAUGAAAGACCUGUUAUCAGCGCCUCACUGUCAUUCUACUCUUAAACCAACAUAAUCUGAGCGAUACGGCCAAAUUCAGUAGCCCAUAAAGUCAACACACUGUACUGAUAUGAACUUGGUGUGUUUUUUUUAAUAUUUUGUGUUAGCUGCAGAUUCUGGACUAUAUAAAGUUUUGAAUUAUUUAUGUUGUAAAGACAUUAAAUGUACAAGAAUACUUUUCAUCCUACGUACCAUUCAAACAUUGAUGUAGCUUUUCAAAAUAAAAUAUUUCAUUUUCUUUUAAAACACUAACUUUUGGCAGAAGGCAGUGGACAAACACAAGACUUGAAGAGUAUAUAUCUGCAGCAUUUCUCGGCACAAGUAUUACAGUUUCAGUCUGUUAAGUCUGCGUGUAUGCAGUUAACCUCCUAUGUUAUGUUAAACUGCAGAGUGUAAAUUGUCAACACAGUUCACUGUCAAAUCUUCACUUUCCUCCAAAUUUAUGUAAGCUACAUAAUGGUAGUUUAAAAUUAGCUCUAACUUGAAAGGUUGGACAUUUGUCACUUAGCCUUCUCUGUGUGUUCUGGUACGGUGAAGCUGAUUGUGGCUCAUCAUCCGUAACAAUAACUCAACACAAGACAGGUUUGACAACACAGUGAAAUAUGGUCAGGUCCUGACUGACUUCCUUCCUUCCUUCUCUCCCCCCUUCCUUCUUCCUUUCUCCCCUUUGAAAACACCUCAUGGAGCCAGAGAUGACAUUUGUCGUAUAGUUUGAAUAGUUAUAAUUCCCACUUUUGUUCUUUUUUCCCUUCUGUCCCAGCAGGUGGAGCAGUGUUGAGGAGCUCAUUGAGCAGGACUGCAGACAUCAUGGUGAACAUCCCAGAAUACUAUGCAGGGAAAAAUGUGCUGAUUACUGGAGCAACAGGCUUCAUGGGCAAGGUGCGGUUCUGUUUAAAUAACCAAGAGAUGACUGAAAUCAACAGUGGGAGUGACUAAGUUAGCGCUGACUGUAAACCUGUUUUGACAUCCUGCCAGUGGACUCUGAAAACUAACAACAACACAUGUGACAGAUACAAGGAAACAGGUGACAGUCUGUUCAGUUUGGCACUAUAGAGUUCCCAUGUUUAUGCCAACGGAGUCAGUUUCAUUUAUUACACAUCAGUAGGUAGCUCUUAGGUCUGUUCACUGUCAAAUGAGGCUAGAAAAAUGGACAGUACUUACCAGCCCCCGAUAAUUCAACAAUUAGUUUAGUGUUUUUGAAUGAAUGAACUUCAGACACCAAAAAGAAUACUUUUUUUCACUCUAACCUGGCAUCAGGGUGCUGUAGAGAGAGAGAGGCAAUUUUAAUUUACAAAAAGGGGGAACUUUGAAAACCAGAUGAUGAUAUUCUGCACCUUCAGCAAAAACCACACAGUCUUUAGAGACAAAAAGCGUGUUUCUAACUCGUACUUCUUCAUUGUUCAAGGUGUUGCUGGAGAAGCUGCUGAGGUCCUGUCCAGAAGUCGAAGCCGUCUAUGUGAUGGUCAGAUCCAAAGCUGGUCAGAGCCCUCAGACACGCAUCACUGAAAUGAUCAACUGCAAGGUGAGAACCACUCAAAACAUUCUCCGCAUGGCUCAACCAUGUACAAAAGAAGUGAGGUGAAAUAUUCUUAAGUAGUGAAGGGAUAAAAAAAAAUUAACAUGAUGGGGUCCAAUAAAAUGCCCUUUCAUGUAGAGCCUGAAAUAAGUUGUAGGUCAAAAGUGAAGAUGGCUAAAAGAUUUUCAGAGUUCACACCUCCCUGAGCUGUUGUGGGCGAGUUUGACAAAGUUUUUAGCACUUUUUAGGCGCACAUCCAAUGUCGUAUCACAAGUAUUUAGGCCUAGGAAAAGCACAAAAGACGGAACAAGAGUACAGAGCGUGCACGUAAAAGUUGUUUUGGCCAGACAGGCGCAGCCACCAUAAAAGUCAUAUACAGAUUUAUGCACUCUCUGACCCAUUUUCAAAAAGUACUGUUUACAGUCACCUGAAAUGCUGUUUCCGUGUGGACGAAACGCUGUUAUGACAAAAAACUUAAGUGUUUACUCCUGAAUUUGUUUCCAUGUGGACGGGUUGAUACCGCCUUCUAACAGACUUUGCAAUGGGGAGUGGUUUUCUCUUCAUCCAAAACUGUGAAGCCGCACCAAUUCCACACAACUGACUUGCUCUUGCCUAGGGAUGUGUCGAUAUACAAUUUAAUCGCGAUAUGCGAUAUUAAACUGCCACGAUUAUGAAAUCAUGAGGUGCUGAGUGGCAGCAUCCCUCAGCGGUGAGCGAAGCCAAGUACUUACCAACCUAGGCUUGUAGUCUUACCCACGAUGUCAAAGCCUUGGUAGCAAAAUGUACAAACAAACCACCACAAAAGUAGUCCCAAAUCCAAAAUAAACUCUCGAAUUAAGUACAUUAAUGCCAGCCUGACAAAAACGGGAACAUUAAAAGAGAAAAUGAAAAAAUUUUACAACAAAAUGCGUGGUGACCCACAAUGCAUUGCAGCCACUCAAAACACUGUUGGAGCGUGUCCACAAUGCAUCCCAUCCACUCAUUAGCUUCUUAAAGUGGAGGAAAUAUGAUCUGAUAUUUUAAAAAACACAAGUAUUGGAUCAUGACAACAUGUCAAAUGGAGCAGCAAACUUUUGUUCUGUUUUUAUGUGUCCCAAAAAUGCACAUAUAGAGGUGUACUUGGGUACAUAAACUGUACAUUAAGCUGUCGAGGUAGAGAGCAUUAUAUUUUCGGGACAGCAAAUAUUCCGAAUCAGAGGGCUAUUGUUUUCGGCUCAUCUGAAUAGUCUGAAUGAAAUCAUUAGAGGCACACGCUUUUGAAUCCGUCCAACGGUAAGGAAAACUUGGAUUAUUCGCCUUUUUAUGUACUUUCAACUGCGCUCCCGUCAGGGGUGCAUUCAACGGCAGGGGUGCAUUCUAUGGCAUAACACCGGACCAAGAACAGUCUGAGACUGAGAAUGACAAAGGCUCGGCUGUAUCCUCCUGUUAAAAAGGUUUCGUUGGCAGUAUGGACGUUUUACGGCUUCACAAAACAGACGGAGCAGGUAAACCUGACACCAAUCUGUAGGCUAUGCCACAAGGAGGUUGCAGCGCCGUUGUCUUCAAACUUACGUGCCCACCUCAGUGAACACCAUUCAGCAUCGUUCGCCCAAAUCGAGGUAAAAACAACAUGACCGCAACAAGUUUGGUCUACUCUACUGCUUAUUAUUGACAACGUAAGUGACGUUUCUGCUAACUUUAACUCCAAAAAGCUAAUGCUCCCAAUGUCCCGUUAGCUGCCUCUUGCUCAUAUUGUUCGUGCGUGUCAUGCUGUGCAAAGAGAAGUGAUUUCGCAGUUUUUCCCAUUUUUAAUAACGUUAAAAGCAAGGCGCUAAUAUCGUGAAUCGUGAUAUUUUACCAGUAUCAUGAUAUCAAAUUUUUCCUAUCGGCACAUGCCUACUCUUGCCCUAUUUAGCCACAAAAUUAUCGUCGUCUUUUACAAACACCAUGUCUGUUUACACACUGGUGUUAGUGAGAACUUGGGAGCGCUCCUGCAGAAAGGGGGAGCCUAUGGUGGCCUGGAGGCGUGAGACAUGAUAGAGAGGAAAAUUGAUUUGACAAUUUUUAUUUUUUUAACAUUGUCAUAAUUAAAUAAUCCGAUUACAAUUUAAAAUUGAUUAAUCGUGCAGCCCUAGUGCACACAUUUAAAUAUCACAGAACUGUACCUUUACCUGGUUAUUCUUUUUUCCCUUUAGUUGUUUGAAAGGGUGCAAGAAGAGCAGCCAGACUUUGCAAAGAAGAUCAUCGCAGUGAACAGUGACUUGAUUCUUCCAGAGCUGGAUCUGAGUAAAGAGGAUCAGAGCAUCCUGGCUGAAAAGAUCAACAUCGUUUUCCACUGUGCUGCCACUAUCCGCUUCAAUGAGCCACUCAAGUAAGUGCUCUGUUGAGAACUUUCUAAGUUCAGAAUAUGUUGCUUUCUUGUCUUGAUGAUUGUGCUUCAUCAAAUGGAGGAUAAUGGGGCAAAAGAGUUUGUAGGAUAAGGACCAGUUGCGUAAAACGGCAGUGAAGGUUGGGUUGUGUAAUGAGAUAGUGUCUACAGUUGUUUGCUGUAAACAGAUGCUGACACCAGGUUGAACUACCACAACAGACAGGAAAUCCUGAACUCUUGUGUUGUGCUGAACAGACAGCUUCAAGAAAAGAACGGUAGCAUCAGUGUUUUUAUCACUUUCUACGCCAAAUAACAUAACAUUGCUGUUAUGACCACCCUAAUUCGAAAAUUGUUGGGAUGCUGUGUAAAAUCUUUAUCAAAGCAGCAUUAAACAGUGUGAAAAUAAUGCAAAGUAAAAACAUCAGGAGACUAGCAUUGUGGAUUUUGAAAUUAAAAUGUCCUAUCCCUACAUGAUAGGGGUUUUCCUGCUGCUCGAUAGUUUGGAGUCUGUUAUUUUGUUGUAUUUUGUUAGUCAUGGUGAGUCAAAUGUUUUUAAUGGUUGACAAGCCAGGACUGCAGACAGGCCAGUUUGACUCCUAAAUUCUUCCAUCAGAGCAGUGCUUUUGUUAUACACGUUGAGUGUGGCAUUGUGUUGCUAAAAUAUGCAAGGUCUUCUGCAUUGUCUGUAAGACAGCAUAUGUUGCUUCAAAACCUGAAGUGCAAUUGUCGAAGCUCAUGUCCUGAAUCCAUCUGUGACUCCAGCAGCAGCAGGCCACUCCUUGUGAAUCUCCCCCAAAGUCUUGAAUGGGUUUUGUUUCACAAUCCUCUCAAGGCUGCGGUUUUCUCUGUUGCUUGUUUACCUUUUUCUGCCACUUUUUUUCCAGGACACCUUUGCAGGUCUUCUGAGUUUAUUAUCUGGUUAGAGUGAAACACCAUGAGUCUCUGAUAUUGAACUUUCUCACAAUAAUCUUAUUUUCUGAGAUACUGAAUUUUGGGUUUUCAUUAACUGUUAGAUAUGAUUAGAAAAAUAAAAAGAAAUGAACACUUGAAAUAUAUGAAUCUAUAAAAUAAGAGUUUCACUUACUGAAAUAAAUAAACUUUUGGAUGAUACUUAACUGAAUUAAGAUGCGCCUGUAUAUUGUUCAGCAUUAAUAAUGCCUAUCUGGAUAUGUACACUACGCAUGCAAUUGGCCAUCUAUUCAUCCCUGCACUAUAUUAAAGGUUGUUUUUUCUUUACUCUGAGCUGAUCUCCCUCCUCUUAAGAGUGGAGAAUGUGAUAUCCUUGAUUUCUGGGAAGAUUGUCAACUUUUGAUUUGUCAGACCACAAAUAGUUUUCACUUUGCCUCAGUCAAUCUUAAAGGUUCCUGGAGCUAGAUGCAUGAGUUGUAUCUCUGGGUAUAUUUCUAUAUGGCAUCCUUGUUGUUUGGUACAGGUUAACUUGCAUUUGUGAAUGCAGAAACCAACUGUACUUACAAACAGUGGUCUCUGAAAGUUGUUUUUAACCCAUGGAAUGACCUUUACUCCAGAGUCUUUGGUUUUUGGCCUUGUCACUGUUGCAUGGCUACUUUUCAUUUCUUUGAAUUUUUUUGAUUAUAUUUUGUUCUCUGAAUGAUGAAAAGUCAUCAGUGGUUUCACAUGAUGGACACAGCCCAGUAGAAAGAGGUUGUAUUUUUCACACCUAGAAAAUGCUGAUCUUAAAAACUGGUGAAGUCAUUUUGCCACCUGUUGAAUUGUUUCUCUGACUUCAUACUUUUUCUCUUAUGUAAUAUUGAUGGUACAACAAAACAACACACCUGUUAAAUGAUUGGCUCUUCAUGUCGCUCAUUGAAUACUUCAUUAUCUAGUCAUGUGUAAGGCCGCAACAGGUAGGAGUUGCAUAUUAAAUCAUUUCUCUUGAGGUGUUCACUAGUUGUUGUUGUUGUUGUUGUUUUUUUUGUUUUUUUUUUACAGUUUGACCACAUUUUGGUUUUGGUUUGGAUGAGACGGAUUAAGAUGUUAUAUGUUUGUAAAGCCCUUGGAGAGCUGGUAGACUUGGGGAUAUACUUGGCUUGCUACAGUACAGGUUAAUCACAACUGGGUUUAACAUAGAGCUGUCAGGAUUAGGAAUUUCUGAAAACAAUUAUUUGUCAGACAAAUAAUUGCGAUUGAUGAAUGUAUUGUAUAUUAUGUUGAAUAAAAGAUUCCGCCAACAGCCAGUUGACUGGAUGCAUCAGCUGCUGUUGGACCGGCUGCUGAUUGUGCUGGUUUUGUCUUUUUAAAGUUCGGCAUAUUGUUGUGGAUGGUGUGUCUGGAGAUGUUGUUUCAGAUUUGUUGUAUUAGCGUUCUUGACCAGCACUUUCUUAUGGCAAAGUUUACGAAUCGUUUCUUCCUCGUUCCUUCCUUCCUUUAUCAUUCGGCUUAAAUCCGAAAUGUACCCACAGCGGUGCCUUGGUAUGUGGCUUUGGAACCAGAACUUCCUCAUCCGCCAUCCUAACCUCGAGUCGCUGCCCACCCGACCAAGGCGAACAACAUGUGGCUGCGAUGGUGCGUGUUGCAGCUGCUAGCCCAAGAUGAUGGUGUCAGACUCGGAUUCAGGGUUAUUUUAUACAACUUUGUGGAUAAAAUAAAUAGUCAACAGUGAUCGCAAAUAUGAAAAAUAAUUGCCAUUGAUGAAUAUUGUAAUAAUUGCAACUGCCCUAGUUUGACAAAAAUUUGGUUUGUAUAACGUCCACUUCUUUUGAUUUCAUUCUCCAAAAACUGUGAAAAGAGAUGUCUUUAAUCCAUCAUCACUGUUUUUUUUUACAGUUUGACCACAUUUUGGUUUUGGUUUGGAUGAGACGGAUUAAGAUGUUAUAUGUUUGUAAAGCCCUUGGAGAGCUGGUAGACUUGGGGAUAUACUUGACUUGCUACAGUACAGGUUAAUCACAACUGGGUUUAACAUAGAGCUGUCAGGAUUAGGAAUUUCUGAAGACAAUUAUUUGUCAGACAAAUAAUUGCGAUUGAUGAAUGUAUUGUAUAUUAUGUUGAAUAAAAGAUUCCGCCAACAGCCAGUUGACUGGAUGCAUCAGCUGCUGUUGGACCGGCUGCUGAUUGUGCUGGUUUUGUCUUUUUAAAGUUCGGCAUAUUGUUGUGGAUGGUGUGUCUGGAGAUGUUGUUUCAGAUUUGUUGUAUUAGCGUUCUUGACCAGCACUUUCUUAUGGCAAAGUUUACGAAUCGUUUCUUCCUCAUUCCUUCCUUCCUUUAUCAUUCGGCUUAAAUCCGAAAUGCACCCACAGCGGUGCCUUGGUAUGUGGCUUUGGAACCAGAACUUCCUCAUCCUCCAUCCUAACCUCGAGUCGCUGCCCACCCGACCAAGGCGAACAACAUGUGGCUGCGAUGGUGCGUGUUGCAGCUGCUAGCCCAAGAUGAUGGUGUCAGACUCGGAUUCAGGGUUAUUUUAUACAACUUUGUGGAUAAAAUAAAUAGUCAACAGUGAUCGCAAAUAUGAAAAAUAAUUGCCAUUGAUGAAUAUUGUAAUAAUUGCAACUGCCCUAGUUUGACAAAAAUUUGGUUUGUAUAACGUCCACUUCUUUUGAUUUCAUUCUCCAAAAACUGUGAAAAGAGAUGUCUUUAAUCCAUCAUCACUCAUUAAAUAAAAAAAAAAAAAAAAAGGACUGAUCACUGAAUGUUAAGAACUGAAGAGUCCUGCUCAAUGCUGGAUCCUUGUGGUGACCUUAUUCAGUUCAGUUCAUCGUGUCUGCUAAAUAUAUGAAUGCUUAACUGUUUCUUUUCUCUUUCCUAGAGAUGCAAUGCAGCUGAAUGUCCUGGCAACCCAAAAGAUGCUGGCUCUGGCCCACAGGAUGAAGCACCUGGAGGUGUUUAUCCAUGUGUCUACAGCCUAUGCUAACUGUGACCGAGAGCUCAUCGAGGAGAUUGUCUACCCUCCCCCGGUAGACUACCACAAGCUUAUUGAUUCUCUGGAGUAAGUAGAUCUAGACUGCUUUGUCUGUAGUGGUUGUUGAUUUGCACGGUCUUGUUGAUGUUCAUUGAUGUCUGAUAGUUGUGCUUUUGUAAACAGUUGCAUGGCAUGAAAGUUGAGGAUUGAAAAAAACAGAUUCUCUUUUUCUUCUGAUUGCUCGAUCCAUUAAAGAUCGUAUUGGAAGGUAUUAUCAUGAUUAAUGUCAGUAACAGCGAGAGCAUGUCAGCUUAGCUGUGGCUGAAGAGGAAACUGCUGCUUAGUGGCACUAAUGUUGCAGAGGCUGCCAGUCUCUUCUGCUGAGGGUCAGAUUAGUAAAGCAUUAGAAGCCACACAAGUGGAGAUUAGCGGUAUGGUUUUUAGUGUUUAAAGUGUAGUCAAGCUUCGGAUAGAACUUGGAUGAGUGCAGAGAGAAAUCAUGCCGGCUCUCACGCAAUCUUUACCUUGUGAGAAGUUCCUGCUGAAGUUCAGUCAAUCACUGCAUGGUCAUGUGUCAGACCAUUAGAUCAUACAAGGGAAUGGGAUGUUUUUACACCAGCCUGCUUCAGGCACUUUGUGUGCUAUCGACCCUGUAACUUUUCAUUUUCACACCCAUAUUAAAAGGUUGUGGUCGUGUGCAGUCUGUAAGAGCAGCAUAGCAGGAAUCUAGAGAAACAAACUCUACUCUAUUUUUUUUUUGUUUGUUUUUUUUUUCUUUUCCUGCAAGCCUCAGGUGGUUAUCAUCAAAAAGGUUGUACAGUUGUGUAGAUGUGGUCAACUGGAUGAGAUGGAAGAAAUAGUACCUGUUUCUUUUGAAUGUGUAAGCAGAAGAUAUAGAUUUACUUAACACUUGAUGUAGUUUUUUUAGAUUGCUAUGAAAAGCAAAUUUAAACAGAUAUUGAAAUAUUUAGAUUAAAACAAAGUGUAAGAUAAGAUUAAUAAAUGAUUCUGUUUCUUUCCUUUGGCAUCAUUGAGAGCCACAGCAGUAAAGCCAGGCAGCCAUCAUGCUCUGGGCAGAGAUGGCAUGAUUUCUCCUGAUUACUGCAUAAAACAGUUCAAAUCAUCACUAUUCUUGGCUGUCUUUGUGUGAUCACAUGAGUAGUUUUUAUUGCGUUCAGAUAAAUACAGUCAAUUUAACCAUAGGCAUGUCGGGGGUGUAAUAUGUAAUGACCAGGCUAAAAUUAAAAGUAAAAUAAGUCCAUGCAACGCAUACUAACGUCAUACUUCAAACUGAUACCAAAACCUAACACAAUCACAGGUACACGUGAUCCCCUCUUAACACUGUAUGUUUUUGUAAAGAAAGGCUCUUAACUGAAAAUUGUCAUGACUUAUUUUUGACAUUUGAAGUCUGGACUCUCAGAGUACAAAGGUGAACUUGAGACGGCAAAGAGAUGUUGUCUGAUGUUAUCCAAUUUUGUCUGGCUAUUUAUUACAAGUAGAUCCAAGUAUUCAAGUGGAUUCAUCGUGUUGAAGAAGAACUCUGCAAAAAUCUCCCUUUUUUGUUUAUUUCUUAAAGAAAAUUGUUUAAAGAAAAAAAAACCCAUAGAGACACCAGCUUUGCUCGUGCCUACGCAAAUAUCAUGGUACUAUAGAGGGCACUUUGGUUCAAAUGUAUGAAAUAUCUUCACCCUGACAGCUAAACGGGUUGUGGUAAAAUUUCUUCACGAUGAAGUCUACUGACUUAGAAUUUUAUCUGUUGGGCCCACAACAAGGUGGCAGACGGAUAGGUUAUUUGUUUGUUUGUAUUUUUUUAAUUUUUGUACUGUGCAGAAUUUUGAUUAAUUGUCUGAAAUGUCACAUAAUUGUAACCAUGAGGGUCUUGUCCUUCAAUCAGGUUAAAAUUCAAUCUAUAUUUCGUCAAAAUUAGGGCUGCAGCCCUUGAAUAUUUUAAUAAUCGAGUAUUGUACAGAAUAUUCCAUCAAUAAAUCGAGUAAUCGGAUAAAACAUAUUUUUUUUUAGUUAAAGUACAAUUAUCGCGGAACAAUUGCGGAACAAGCGUGUGUGUUAGCGGAUUGUAAUGCUCGUAAGAAAGCUAAUUAUGAUAUUAGCUUUAAUCUUGCCACUAAAGACAUUAGUGUUCGAGAGCUGAAUAGCUCCUAUGUAACUGCUACUUCGACUACAAUAGCAUCAUUGUCAAAUAAUCUGUGCGAAACGUUACGAUUUGAGUUUAUAAACAAGUACUCGAAAAUUCUUUAAUCAUUUUUUUGUCAUUGAGGUACUUGAGGAACUGUUUCAGCCCUAGUCAAAAUGAUACAAACAUUAACCAAUUUUUUCUGUCAUUUGUGUUCAUGGUUAAUAAACAUAUCUAACAGACAUUUUUUUUUUGUCUAGCUGGAUGGAUGAUGAGCUGGUGUCUGCUCUGACUCCAAAGCUGAUCGGGGAGCGUCCCAACACUUACACCUUCACCAAAGCCUUGGCUGAGUAUUUGGUGCAGCAGGAGGCAGGAGACCUUAACGUAGGCAUCAUCAGACCUUCCAUAGUGGGAGCCAGCUGGAAGGAGCCCUUUCCAGUGAGUGACUCAAGCUUUUGGUGUUACACUGUGUACGAUGCUGUAAAAGAACUGAGCUUAGAGAGAGAACUACUGAAUAAAAGGAUUUACUUUGCCCCAGGCUAGUUUAAAAUUUACCCUGACACAGAGAGGUGUCGAGGUAAACUGUACCAACUAAAGCCUUUCUCUGAGGUUUUCUGGGUGUGUGCCAGUAUGCUGAAUCAUGCAGAAGGAAUUUUGAAUGCAUAUAUUUACUUCCUGCACUUUACACACUCAAGAUGAAAAAAGUAUAUUAAGUGGAUCACAUAUUCCAUUUUGUGGUGACUAUGGCCCAUGGGUAUCAGGAAGAUUGAGAAACUCUUCCUGGGUCAGAUCCAAGUUUCAACGAGUAUCCUCCUGUGUGUAUUUCUCUAAAAGCCCUCGGCCUCUGCUGCCAGCACAGAGGCAUUAGUAGUAGUUGAGUGAACAUGAUGGUGGGAAUAGGAAUGUGAGGAAUGUGUAGUGAAGAAGCUUUUGCACACCUUUACUCCUACCCUGUCAAUGUUGUGAGCAGAGGAACUGUUGCUCCACUGAUUUCAGUUUAAAAGAUCUCACAUUUUUCAGACCAAAGGAUCUAAUGGGAUUUUGAUGAAAAGGGUUAUUUCUGUGUAAAAGAAAAAUCCAUUAUGUUCAUUGAGGAGAAACAACCAGUUUACUCCACCUGGAACAGAAAAUAUUAGACUUUUUGUGAUUAUUUUUCUUCUGUUUGAGUUUAUGUAAACGUUUCAUGUCUCUGUGAGUUCACUUCUCCCCUUUUCAUACUGCUUUUCACUGUCUGUUUUUUCAGGGCUGGAUUGAUAACUUCAACGGACCAAGUGGAAUAUUCAUUGCAGUGAGUAGAGAGAGAAAAGCUCAAUUUCUUAAUGGCUUUUAACUGUACUUGUUUGUUAAAACUGCAUCAGACAAGGUAUUUUCCUUUCUGAAUUUCUCUUAUGGCCGUGACGCUGGAGUAUUUUACCCACCCAGCUUGGAUUUCUUCUAAUGACAGUACAACAAAUUGCUUAAGAUGCUACACUGACUAAAUUACCCCACAAUUUCGACAUACUUUUAGGGACCCAGUGACGGCCAAACCAACCUGUUUCUUUGAAUAGUUGCUCUGUCACUGUGCUUUCACUGUGUACAGCCUGACGAUAUCCCCUUUAAUCUGCUGCUCACAUUUUGUAGCAGUCUGCAAUUUUUCAAAAAUGUUUGCUAGUCCUGGAUCUUGAAGUAGCAGGUAGGAAACUUUCAUCAUUUGCAUUUUUGGACUAUCUCCAGGCUGGUAAGGGGAUCCUUCGUACGAUGAGAGCGUCUAAUGAUGCUGUGGCUGACUUGGUACCCGUGGACGUGGUCAUCAAUGCUACACUUACAGCAGCCUGGUACUCUGGAUCACAGACACUCAGCAGGUUGGAGACACAUACAGAUGCACAUGCCUUUUUCAUGUUGUUGUCUUUUGCUCUCUAGUUAACCCUUGGCUCCUGUUAAUUUUAAGCUUCAUCAAGCCUACUUUGUCCCCAAAAUGGACAUGCAUAUAAGUGUUCAUAAAACAAUGAUUUUUUUAACCUUUUUUUUAAUUAUGAUUAUUUUUUUUUUUAACUUUUUUCGACUCGUAUCUCUUAAACAAUUUCAGCCCUGACCAUUUAAAAGAUAAUAAAUAAAAAAAUCAAUGUCACACCCUUUUUACGCAUUUUUUGUGCACCACAUCACUGUUAUUUUUAAUGGUAAAAAACACAAAAUUGCCAUAUAUUCCCAUAUAAAAUGACCUAGAUGAUUUUUUUGUUUUUGUUUUUAAUAAAAAGAGUCUGGGCCAUGUCAAUGAUGAGUAGUAAAAUCGAUUUUGGUGCAUUUAAAUUAUUUUUGUGGUGCCAAUUUCCCUAUUUUGGCUCCAUCUAGCCUACUUUGUCUCCAAAACGGACAUGCAGAAAAGUGUUCAUAAAACAAUCAUUUUUGAACAUUUCCUUACACACAUAUCCCACUCAUCCAUCCUAGACAUCCAUAUCUAAUGGCACUUAAAGUUUCAUUCAAUUCUGAUGAUGUUAAGUCGGUGAAACAGUGCUUCAAACACUCUCAGUCCAUGAACGAGGACUUUCAUGCGCGGCACCAAAGGGAUUAAAUUUAUGUGCUGGCUUAUUCUGUUGUAUCACUGUUGUUAAGUAAAAUUUAGAGCCCUGGUGAUUGAGUGACUGCACAAAAAAAGGUUGCAAUACGCUGUUAUGGUGCCAUAAACACGCGGUCAAAAAACGUGUUUUUAAUGGAAGUCUAUUAUCCGUUUUGUGGACAAAGUAGGCUGUAUGGAGCUAAAAUGCGGCAACAGAGUUCUACAUGUGACAGUUUUUUUUUUUUGUUUUUUUUUAUAUGAAGAAAAAUAAGAACUCUCACCAAAUUCGAUGCCCCAAUCUUUAAAAAUAUGACUGACAGCUCAAAAUAGAGAUGGAAAAAAAUUACAAAUGUCCACAAAACAGACAUAAUGGGAACCAAGGGUUAAUUAAUUGUGUUUAAAACUUAAAUUUCUCUUGCUGAACUCUGACCCCCUUUUUCCCUCCGUGUUACAGGCCCAAAAACCUCCUGGUUUACAACUGCACAACCGGGGGAGUCAACCCAUUUCGCUGGGGUGAAGUUGGUAUGAAAUCUUUAUUGAAACUUCACACUGCCUGCAUAAAGCCAGAGAUUGAAGAAGCUUACAUGUUAAAGCACAGCCUCUAAUGACAUAUCCUGAAAGUAACCUGAUCCGUUACCUGCCACACCUCAACCGAAAGCUUUUGUUGUGUUGUCCCAUAAAGAUCCUGGUUUUGUUCUGGAGUGAAUCCCACUUGUAAAUAGCAGCGACACAUUGUUCAGAGGUGAUUCACAGACAUUAAGCUAAAUGUUAACCCACUCACUUACACAGUACACUGCAUGUAAGACUGAUGGUCACUCUUGAUCUUCAAAACCACAUAUCAUAUCUUUCUACAGUCCUUCUGGUUUACUGCUGUAUAUGAAAAAAAAAUUAUUUUCCAGUAGUUUCUUUAGUGGCUGCAGUGAAGGCUGAAUUUUGAAAUGUUGCUUUGUCAGUGUCUGUUUGGGCUGCAAAUACGUUGAAACUUCUUGAUGUUUCCAUUUUUAAAUUACUAAUUCAUUUGCUAAGAAAGAUACUGCAGCAUGAGCAAAGUAUCCACGCUGGCAAACGGCACGUACAAAAGUGGAUUUGACCCGAUAGGUAUUUUUUUGAGCCGGAGCUUAUUUUCAUUUUUUUGAAUUGGAUUUGCCAGCAAAAUGAUUUCUUUUUUUGUGUGUGUUUUGAGUUUGAUAAACUUGAAUAUGACAGGAGAAAUAUUCUUUAACUAAAAGCUAUGGGUAAGCCGCAGUAAAGUACAGUCAAGUGCAGUCGCUCAUGUGAUGAGGUAGUUUUAAGAUUAAAGAUUAAAUCUCCCCAGUCAGGAACAAGAAAAAAGAAACCGACAAACCAUGUAUUCAACUGCUGAUUGAUGACUUUUGUUGAACAACCUUCUGUUUCUUAGAGUACCAUGUAAUAUCUACAUUCAAGAGGAACCCCCUUGAGCAGGCCUUUCGUCGGCCCAAUGUAAAUCUCACAUCCAAUCACCUUAUCAAUCAGUACUGGAUUGCUGUGAGCCACAAAGCUCCGGCCUUCCUCUAUGAUCUGUACCUCAGGCUGAUUGGACGAGAGCCCAGGUAACCUCAUCAUAACCGACUCGGAUGUGCCGUUCCCUCGCUGUUUUAACGCCAAUAUCCUCCUCGCACACACGCAUACAUGCCUGCUACCUUUUGUCCUGUAACUUAUUUUCUUUCAAAUAGAAGCUUAACAUCAUUUUUGCUAUGCUAAUGUGUUACACGAUGCUUGAACGCUGAUUUGGUCGGAGUUGAAGAAUGUAUAACCCACUGUUCCCCUCCUGCAGGAGGCUGCUGAUGGGUUCUGCAAUCUUAACAUCCUGCUAGUUGUAAAGAUGGUAUUCUCAGUUGGUUCCAAAAGCCUCAGCAUUAAGGUCAUCUCAGUCCAGCCCAUAAAUGGACUCAGAUGGGCCUCAGUCUGAAGGUACCCUUUGGAAUUAAAUCAAGGUGUUGGCCCUGUUGACAAACUUCAGCUGUCUGCCCAAGAGAGUUAAAUACUUUUAAACCACUUUGAAAACCUGUGUAUUUAAAUGUCUCUUUUAGUAAUACACAGCGACUUGCUGGCUAGCAGUGGUGAGACUCUACUUGGGGCCUGCAUCUUGCCUGUGUUAUUAUAAGAAGGAGAAAACACCCUCUUCUUCUUCUUCAUCUCGUCCUCUUUGUGUCUUCUCUGUCCUGUUAUACAUGUAUAUGUCUUCUACAGAGAACUGUAUAAAUAUGACCUUCAAGACCAAUCCCUUAGAGCAGGCCUUCAGAAGGCCCAAUGUCAAUCUGCGCUCCAACCCCUUUACUAAUCAGUACUGGACGACUGUCAGCCACACGCUCCCCGCCCUGCUCUAUGAUGGCUAUCUCAGGCUGACAGGCCACAAGCCCUGGUAAGGUUGCAACAGCCCCCUCCCCAUGCACUUUUCUCCAUGCCAGUCAGUCCUCACUUUUUACCCAAUCUCACCCAACCCCCAGCUGUGUGUGCGUGUGUGCGUGUGUGUGUGUGUGUAUGUUUUUACUGACUGGUUUCCUGAAAUCAUGGGAACACGGAAGGACAAAACUGUUUGCUGUGUCUAUGCUUGACCUCAUGGCUUCAGCUGGACUCAGUAAAGACAGUGUUAUCUACCAGAGCAUGUUUUCGGCUCUCCUCUGCUUUAACAGGUCUUUUUAUUUGAGAGAGUUUCCGUUUUGUCAAUAUGGCAUUCAUCCCUGUCAUUACCCCAACUCUCACCAAAUCAUGGUAAAAACCUGAGGCACCACGGGCUUUCUUGGCGUCCUCCUGUAUAAGGUUGUGUCCAGUUGGUAAUACCUACAGUGCAUCCGGAAAGUAUUCAUACCACUUCACUUUUUCCACAUUUUGUUAUGUUACAGCCUUAUUCCAAAAUGGAUUAAAUUCCCUUUUUCCCUCAAAAAUUCUACACAAAAUACCCCAUAAUGAUAAAGCAAAAAACUUUUUUUAGAACAUUUUGCAAAUUUAUUAAAAAUAAGAAAACUCAAAUGUUGCAUAUACACAAGUAUUCACACCCUUUACUCAAUACUUGGUCGAAGCACCUUUGGCAGUGAUUACAGCCUUCAGUCUUCUUGUGUAUGAUGCAACAAGCUUGGCACACCUGGAUAUGGGGAGUUUUUCCCCAUUCUUCCCUGCACAUCCUCUCAAGCUCAGUGAGGUUGGAUGGGCAGCGUCGGUGCACAGCUACUUUCAGGUCUUUCCAAAGAUGUUCAAUCGGGUUCAAGUCUGGGCUCUGGCUGGGCCACUCAAGGACAUUCAGAGACUUGUCCUGAAGCCACUCCUUUGUCUUCUUGGCCGUGUGCUUAGGGUCAUUGUCAUGCUGGAAGAUGAAGUGUUGCCCCAGUCGAAGGUCUGGAGCACUCUGGAGCAGGUUUUCAUCAAGGAUUUCGAUGUACUUAGCUGCAUUAAUUUUUCCCUCGAUCCUGACAAGUCUCCCAGUUCCUGCCGCUGAAAAACAUCCCCACACCAUGAUGCUGCCACCACCAUGCUUCACUGUAGGGAUGGUAUUGGCGAGGUGGUGAGCGGUGCCUGGUUUCCUCCAGAUAUGACGCUUGGCAUUCAGGCCAAAGAGUUCGAUCUUCGUUUCAUUAGACCAGAGAAUUUUGUUUCUUCUGGUCUGUGAGUCCUUCAGGUGCCUUCUAGCAAAGUCCAAGCGGGCUGUCAUGUGCUUUUUACUGAGGAGUGGCUUCUGUCUGGCCACUCUACCAUAAAUGCCUGACUGGGGGAGUACUGCAGAGUUGGUGGUCCUUCUGUAGGGUUCUCCCAUCUCCUCAGAGGAAUGCUGGAGCUCUGUCAGAGUGACUAUCGGGUUCUUGGUCACCUCCCUGACCAAGGCCCUUCUCCACCGCUUGCUCAUUUUGGCUGGGUGGCCAGCUCUAGGAAGAGUCCUGGUGGUUCCAAACAUCUUCCAUUUCUUAAUGAUGGAGACCACUGUGCUUUUUGGGAUCUUCAAUGCAGCAGAUAUUUUUCUGAAACCUUCCCCAGAUCUGUGCGUCGAUACAACCCUGUUUCGGAGGUCUACAGACAAUUGUUUCGACUUCAUGGCUUGGUUUGUGCUCUGACGUGCUCUGUCAGCUGUGGGAUCUUAUAUAGACAGGUGUGGCUUUCCAAAUCAUGUCCAAUCAGCUGAAUUUGCCACAGGUGGACUGGAGGAACAUUUCAGGGCUGAUCAGUGGAAACAGGAUGCACCUGAGCUCAAUUUUGAGUUUUAUAGCAAAGGGUGUGAAUACUUAUGUAUAUGCAACAUUUUAGUGUCUUAUUUUUAAUAAAUUUGCAAAAUGUUCUAAAAAGAGUUUUUUGCUCUGUCUUCAUGGGGUAUUUUGUGUAGAAUUUUUUGGGGAAAAAGGGAAUUUAAUCCAUUUUGGAAUAAGGCUGUGACAUAACGAAAGGUGGAAAAAGUGAAGUGGUAUGAAUACUUUCCGGAUGCACUGUAUAUCCCACCAGAUACAACUCUGGUGCAUGUUAAAUGAUCAGUAUUCACAUCUGUGUGCUCUCUCUUUCGUCCAAGCCAGAAUUAUUUUGGAAAUAAUCAAUAAUGGGUGGCUAGCUUUUUUAUGGCUCAAUUGAUCUUGAUACUCUACGAUCUGAAAUAAUUUUGGCUUGGUAGCUGACUGGUGAUCAAAGGGUGUGAUUUGAUCUAAUUGGGGGUUUCUCCUGUUGUAAUGUAAGUAGCAGCAUCUACUGCUACCAUUUUGUGCUUGUCAAUUGUUCAUAUCCGUUUCAUCCUCUGAUUCAUCUGUGUUUACAAGAGGAGUCUGAGUCAUCUCAAACUGCAUCAGUUCACUGAAGUCUUUAGACCCACACAAUUUUAUCCUGAAUUCAGCUGGCUUGUCACUGGACCAAAUCUCUUUUAGUCAUAGCAAAUUGAAGGCCAUUCAAAUCCAGUUCCAGGUGAAUUAUUUUAUUAUUUUAAAGUCUGUUGAUUUCUCCUGUCCAUGAAGAUUCUCAUUCACCCAGGUCAUGGUUUUCUUGAAGACUCCAAAAUCAGGCAACUGGACUGUGUAGAGUUGAUUUCUCCUGAAUAACCCAAACUGUGCAGUUUGACUCACAUUCAGAAAUCCUCCAAUUUAAAGAUAACUGCUUGCGUUCUCUCUAGAUUUACUACCACAACACUUGAACUGGGAACAGUUCACCUAAAUUAUGAGCCCCCAGAAUCUGUACUCACGCAAAAAUGAACCUUUUAACUGGAUUUACCUGUGUGAACAGGUGGACAAUGUUCUACAUUGAAAUCAUUUUGACUGCUUUGAAUCCUUUCUACUGCUCCAGUAGAAUUAUUAAUUUAUCUAUUUUUACUGAGUUUGACUCGUUAGUGGGAAAAUGUUGAGAUAGCAGGCCUAAAUUUGGGUCAUGGGUUCAUUAUUUGACAGUGUACUGUCCAUCCACCUGUCCCACAUAGAGAUGAAAUCCAGUUAGUCCUCAACUGUUUGUCUCACUCACCAACUAGAAGAGUGAGUCUCAGAUCUGAUUUCUUUGGUGCUAUGAGGAAGUUUGAACAACUGGCUUGACCACGAUAAAAGGAGAUGCAUCAUAAAAUAAUUUUGCAUAUUUUAGAUGUUAAUUCAGGCCAGAUCAUAAUUGUAGUCAGUCACAGCUGCAGUGAAGCAGAUUUGUGCUGUUUAAACAGAGCUACUCAUCAGACCCAACAUAGGGCUGCUCAAUUUUUGCCAAAAGUAAAAUCCAGAUUUUUUUCUUUGAAAACUCAAUUUUUGAUUUUUUUUAUUCAGUGACAACUUCACUAAACAUCACUCUAAUAAGUUUUUCUAUUAUCUCUCAAAAUGAAAACUACUGAAAACGAUAGUAGUGCAUAUGCCAAGUCAGUAAGUGGCGCUGUAAUGCUGCCGAGGAAAUGCACAAAAGACAGAAGAAGAGUACAGUGCAUUUGCACAAAGGUUGUUCUGGCUGGACGCGUGCAGGCGCCAUAAAAGUCGUUUACCGAUUUAUGCCGUCCCGUACCGGUUUUCAGAAAGUUCUGUUUACAGUCACCCAAAACGCUGUUUCCCUGUGGAUGAAACACCGAUACAACAAAAAACUUUUGCCUUUACUCCUGAAUUUGUUUCCAUGUGGACGCAUUGAUACCACCUUCACCACCACUUUGCAGUGUGGAGUGGUUGGCUCAUCCGAAACUGCGAAGCCAUACUGAAUCCACAUGACUGAAGGGGGGGCCCUAUGGUGGCCUGGAGGCGUGAGACUUGACAGAGAGGAAAAUCUAUUUGACGAUUUUUUUAACAUCCUCAUUAUCAAAUAAUCCAAUUACGAUUGGAAAACGAUUAAUUGUUCAGCCCUAACUCAACACUAAAUUUAAGAUAUUUCUCCAACUGAUCAUUAACCCUUCCGGGACCUUUAGAUUUUCCUCCCUCUAAAGUCCCUCGUGGCUGUUAAAAGCCACUUUUUCUGUCGGCUGUAAAAUCAUAUUGGAUUAAUAUUUUUUUCAGAUUUUUUUUCACAAAUUUCUUAUUUUACUUCUGCCCUGUUCGAAACUAGCAAAUGUUUCAUUGAAAACAAUUUUUUUUAACCCUUUAAGUGCCAAUUUAAGACAAAAAGUCACAAAUUUAGCAAAAAUUGAAGGAAAAUGACCCAUUUUUUUAAUAAAACAUGAUCAGAAACUGGUAAUCUCUUGCAGGGUAUUAAAGUCUUGAAUAUGUCAGAGAUUAGUAAUAUAAUUUACUUAUAUGCAUUUUCAGUUUUUCUGUAGCAUCAGAUUUAAUGAAAACUGCCUUUGGCGCCUCCCAGUGGCCAAAACCAUUAUUUCUGCUGUAAAAUCAUAUUGGAUUAAUAUUUUUUUCUGAUUUUUUUUUAUACAUUUCUUAUUUUACUUCUGCCCUGUUCAAAACUAGCAAAUGUUUCAUUGAAAAUAAAAAUUUUAACCCUUUAAGAGCCAAUUUAAGACAUAAAGUCACUUAAAAAGCAAAAAAAUGGAAGGAAAAAGAAGGAAAAUGACCCAUUUUUUAAAUAAAACAUGAUAAAAAACUGGUAAUCUCUUGCAGGGUAUUAAAGUCUUGAAUAUGUCAGAGAUUAGUAAUAUAAUUUACUUAUAUGCAUUUUCAGUUUUUCUGUAGCAUCAGAUUUAAUGAAAAACUGCCUUUGGCGCCUCCGAGUGGCCAAAGCUACUUUGUCUGCUGUAAAAUCAUAUUGGAUUAAUAUUUUUUUCAGAUUUUUUUUCAUACAUUUCUUAUUUUAAUUCUGCCCUGUUCAAAACUAUCAAAUGUUUCAUUAAAAAUAAAAAUUUUAACCCUUUAACGGCCAAUUUAAGACAUAAAGUCUCUUAUGAAGCAAAAAAAUGGAAGGAAAAUGGAAGGAAAAUGACCUCUUUGCUUCAUAAGAGACUUUAUGUCUUAAAUUGGCCCUUAAAGGGUUAAAAUUUUUAUUUUCAAAGAAACAUUUGCUAGUUUUGAACAGGGUAGAAGUAAAAUAAGAGCUGUAUGAAAAAAAAUCUGAAAAAAAUAUUAAUCCAAUAUGAUUUUACAGCAGAAAUAGUGGUUUUGGCCACUGGGAGGCGCCAAACGCAGUUUUUCAUUAAAUCUGAUGCUACAGAAAAACUGAAAAUGCAUAUAAGUAAAUUAUAUUACUAAUCUCUGACAUAUUCAAGACUUUAAUACCCUGCAAGAGAUUACCAGUUUCUGAUCAUGUUUUAUUAAAAAAAUGGGUCAGUUUCCUUCAUUUUCCUUCCAUUUUAUUUGCUUUUUAAGUGACUUUAUGUCUUAAAUUGGUCCUUAAAGGGUUAAAAUUUUUAUUUUCAAUGAACUAUUUGCUAGUUUUGAACAGGGCAGAAUUAAAAUAAGAAAUGUAUGAAAAAAAAUCUGAAAAAAAUAUUAAUCCAAUAUGAUUUUACAGCAGAAAAGGCAGUUUUGGCCACUGGGAGGCGCCAAAGGCAGUCUUUCAUCAAAUCUGAUGCUACAGAAAAACUUAAAAUGCAUUGAAUUCAAUUAUAUCACUAAUCGCUGACAUAUUCAAGACUUUAAUACCCUGCAAGAGAUUACCAGUUUCUGAUCAUGUUUUAUUUAAAAAAUGGGUCAUUUUCCUUAAAUUUUUCCUUCCAUUUUUUUUUGCUUUUUAAGUGACUUUAUGUCUUAAAUUGGCCCUUAAAGGGUUAAAAUUUUUAUUUUCAAUGAAACAUUUGCUAGUUUUGAACAGGGCAGAAGUAAAAUAAGAAAUGUAUGAAAAAAAAUCAGAAAAAAAUAUCAAUCCAAUAUGAUUUUACAGCAGACAAAGUAGUUUUGGCCACUGGGAGGCGCCAAACGCAGUUUUUCAUUAAAUCUGAUGCUACAGAAAAACUGAAAAUGCAUAUAAGUAAAUUAUAUUACUAAUCUCUGACAUAUUCAAGACUUUAAUACCCUGCAAGAGAUUACCAGUUUCUGAUCAUGUUUUAUUAAAAAAAUGGGUCAUUUUCCCUCAAUUUUUGCUAAAUUUGUGACUUUUUGUCUUAAAUUGGCACUUAAAGGGUUAAAAAAACUGUUUUUAAUGAAACAUUUGCUAGUUUCGAACAGGGCAGAAGUAAAAUAAGAGAUUUGUGAAAAAAAAUCAGAAAAAAAUAUUAAUCCAAUAUGAUUUUACAGCCGACAAAACAAGUGGCUUUCAACAGCCACGAGGGACUUUAGAGGACGUUUUUCUGUCCUGGCUUUAUUAUUGACUUGGUGAAAAUUUUGAAUUCAUGUUUUCAAAUAAAAUUUCAAAUUAAGCUUAGAAAAAAAAAUUCAUCACAUUUGCUGCAGUAAAAAAAAAGUUAUAUCCAAAUUAGUCUCUAGCUCUAUCAUAAAUUGGCUGUUAAAAGCCCGAAGGUUCCGGAAGGGCUCUGGAAACCUGCAAAGAGGUGAAGUGAAGGGGCACAAAAACAUUAGGCAGUCAAAUUGGUUGCGACUGUGUUGUGCCUUACUUUUCCAUCACCGCUCUUUAUUAGGCUGUAGACUUGUUUUAUCGAGGGCUGUAAAAUGGGCAAAUGUAACAUGAUGUGGUCUCUAAUGAGGUUUUCUUGGCUCUUGAAGCCUGCCUCAUGUGGACACUAAAAGAACUGCAGUCUUAGAUGUUACAAACACUCAGAGUAACUACAACCCCCAAUUCCUAUAAAGUUGGUACAUCAUAUAAAACAUGAAUAUAAUGCAAUAUGAUGAUUUUCAAGUCCUUUCAAACCUAUAUCCAGUUGAACACACUACAGAGAUAAGAUAUGUUCUCACCUGCCUCUGAAGGCUUUUGUUAAUAACCCCCUCUCCUAAAACUUAAAAUUAGUGGUUGGUAGUCGUAAAGUUUUGCAGGAUUGUGAAGUCAAACCUUUUUCAAGGCCAAGAGGUGUUCAAACACAUUCCUUCAGCGCUGUGGGCUUUGGUUAAAGAUAACUUCUGAAAAUCAGAUUUUGCUUAAUUGAAUCAGUCAUUCUUAUAUGACCUAAAUCAGUCUGAAUGAAACUCUUACACCACUUAGAUCCUCUUCUUCUUCCUGCCCAACCCACUCUUUCUCUUUCUUUUUAUGUCACCUUUCUUUAUUCAACCGCCUACAUACCUACUUUCUCCUCCAUCCUACCUCCUCACCUUCUUCUGCAUUGUUCUUCUAUGUUUCCUCUCUUUGUCCAUCCAACUUUUCCCCAUCUCAAUGAACUUUUUGCACCUUUCUCCAUCAAACUUUUCUUUUCCUCCUAACUUUCACUCCCCACUCGUCGUAGGAUGAUGAAGACUAUCACCCGCCUCCACAAAGCCAUGAUGGUUUUGGAGUAUUUCACUAGUCACUCCUGGAUGUGGAACAAUGACAACAUGACCAUGCUGAUGGCCCAGUUGAGCCCUCAGGAUAAGAAGGUAUGGAGGACACAGACAAUGGUGAUCUUGUCACAUUUCCCUUAUAUUGUUCACUAUAUGUCCCUCCGCCCCCCCAUGUUCUCUCCUCACCACACAACGCAGUCCUUUACACAGUAUGGAGACACCAUACAGAUUCACCACUCAGUGCAUGUCUGAUAGUAGCCUGGUGACAAUGGACUUAGUCAUUCAUUCACUGCUGACAUCAGUUUGUCAUGAACAGAAGCAUUGUGGGGGAUUACUGUCUGCAGAAAUCUGCUCAUAUUGGUGGACUCAGUUUUUUUUUUCUCUGUAUAGAAGCAUAUCUGAAAGCCAACUAACCUCAUAAUUUACAUUAUACUUGUGAGUCAGGAGCAGCAAUUGAUGUUUUUCUUUGGAGAACAUUUGUAAAAUCCCCUGAGUAAAAAGGUGAUCAUGUAAAUAAACCAUAUAUACUUCAUUUUCAAACACUGAUAAAUGAUUUGUGGACACCAGAAAGAGGAGCUGCAGUCUUACACGCUUGUCUGCACCUCCUAUAAAGCAGUUGUCCAGCCACAACAAUAUAGAGACUGUCUGAACCAGGCCCUUUCUUAUUUACACUGCAAAGAGAAUGACAGUCUCAGUGAUUAUAGGAAAGCUCUACAGGGUACUACUCCUUAAUAGAGGAAAAUAAAAGCAAUCCCAGGAACAUUUUCAGUACUGUAGCAAAUCUUACAGAGAGAGCUCUAGAUAUAACUGCAGUAGAUGGCACCAGUUUAGCAUCCAGAAUCACUCUUUGACCAGGAUUUAUCCUUUAACUCCCACAUCCAACAAAUCUCCAGAACUGCAUUUUUCACCUGUGUAACCAAAAAUCUGAAACAUCCUGUCCCGUAACAACUCAGAAAAACUAGUCCAUGCAUUUAUCAGCUCUAGCUUGGAUUACUAUGAUUUAUUACGCUGCCUUAACAAGUCUUUAAAGACUCUUCAGCUGGUCCAAAAUUCUGCAGCACAAGUACUGACUAGAACCAGGAGAAGAAAGCACAUCUCCUCUGUAUUAGCUUCUCCACACUGGCUUUAUUAAAGUUAGGGUAGAAUUUAAAAUUCUUCUUCUCACCUACAAAACUCGUCAUGGUCAGGCACCAUCAUAUCUUGAUGAGUUUGUAGUUCUCUAUUACCUUUCCAGAAGAUUGUGGUUCUAAUAUGCAGGCAAGUCUCUAAAAGUGGUCUAAGUGUUCCGACCCCUCUUUUAUGGAAUCACCUACCAGUUGAGGUGUGUGGGCAGACACUCCCUCUAACUUAAGAGAAGCCUUAAAACUUCCUUUUUGAUAAAGCUCAUAGUGAGGGGUGGUUCAGGCCUGGGUCAGCUCUUAGCUAAGCUGCUAUAGGUUUAGACUGCAGGGGUUUCUGGCACAUUAAGCCCCUUUCCUUCCUCCAUCCUCUUUCUGUCUGUAUCAUUAACUUUGAAUCAUCAUGUCCCAUUAGAGGCACUAAUACACAGUCUUUACUGGGAGUCCCUCUGUCCUUCUUUCUCUUUCUGCAUCUCCCUCUAUCCCCCGUCUAAACCCAGUGCAGUAGUGGCAGAUGAAUGAUUCUUGUUCUGUUUGAGGUUAAAAGGAAGUUCUUCUUCUCCACUGUAACUCCUAGCCUUUCAUUCCUGUAAAUGAAGAUAGGAUGGGAGUGGGUCUGAUCCUACAAGAUGGGGCUCAGUCUUACUCCAUCUUUACAUUGGUUCUUUGUAAAUAGAGUCUAGUCUUUUAUGUCAAGCAUCUUGGGAUAACACUUCUUGUGAAUUUGCACUAUAUAAAUAAAGAUGUGAUCGACUGAGUGAUUGAUAAUACAACAGUAUUCAAUACAGUCUGGCUGCAGACCUCCACUGUGAGGACCCACUCCACUGAGAGGACCUGAGGUGACCUUUUUUCUCGCACACUCCAGUUUGCUUUUGCCGUGAAGAUAGUCAAGAGAUAUGUAAAUGAGUCCAAAAGUGCAGGAGGCGACAUUUUCAAUGAUUAAUGAUGUAAAAGCAGAGAACAGUCAACAGAUGGAGUGCAGAUACAUUAUGCCAUCACAUAUAUUAAGGUGUUUUGACAGAGAUUAAUUGUUUUAAACAAAUUUGUAGUAUAAACUAAAGUUACAGCUGACCGUUUUGCUGAGUAAAUUAAAAUACGAGUACCUAAUAAAAUAAAAAAAACAUACCCUCGGUAUAUUUCCUGUCAUGUCAAAGGCUUCAAAUUAACUUAAAAAAAAUUUAACCUUGGUAUAUUUGCUUUUAUUUUGGAAGGCUUUGAAUCAACUUCCAACCUUAAAAAAUAAAAAAGGUACUCUUGUGAUAUUUGCUUUUAUUUUGAAAGGCUUCGGAAUCACCUUCUGUUCUGUUCAGUGGGACGAGUCCUGAUGGUGAAGAUCUGCAGCCAGACGCCUCUCACAGUAUUAGCCCAGGACAGAGCUGUGCCUGAAUGUAGCCUCACAGAGUCACAGUACUAUCUAUGGGAUUUUCUUGACAAGUAUUUAUAAAUGAAGGUUUUUGUUGUUGUCUUUGUCACAGCUUACAAGCUUAAUAACUGCUUGACAAAUUUCAUAUUUUGGCUGCUGUUUAUUUCAACAUAGUAUGCUGAUAAGACAUUUGUGGCCAGAGUGAAAAGACACACAUUUCAGUCAUCUCUUAAUCUUGAAAGAUUCAUUUGUAAUGACCCACAUCCUAGUAAGUGUCAUUGUUGAGGACAGUGUUUGUCAGACAUUUGAACCUACUUUAAUAUUUACUGCCUCUCUGACUUUUUCUUCAUCCUUGUAGGUUUUCAAUUUUGAUGUUCGGCAGCUGCACUGGGCAGAGUACAUGGAGAAUUACUGUAUGGGCACGAAAAAAUAUGUCCUGAAUGAAGAGCUGUCGGGCCUGCCUGCUGCACGCAAACAUCUCAACAAGUAAGAGGUCUUUUAAUGAAAGAGCAACUCUUAAAUGUGUAUAAGACUGAGUAACAGAUCCAAGAGGAUCCUCUAGAGACCAAACUUAUUUUCAGGAGUUUUUUCAGCCACAUGGUGAUUUGGAUUAUCAUCUUACUGGAUCGUACACUUGUGUGGGAACAAUCCUGAGUUUUGACGACACCUGUGGAAAUGCAGAAAACUGAGAGGGAUUAAAAUUUGUGAUCAUGAACCUAAAAUGCUUUACUAACACGUCUGUAAAGCAGCUGUUAUAAUUUUAAACUUACUAGUUACAAUAUUUACUAGUUACUAGUUAAUGAAAAUUGUUAUAUCCUUUUACUAAAUGAGUGUAGGAAACAAAAAAACCCUCAGCCUUUUUUAUUUAGACUUUCCUGAAUAUAAGUCUGUAGACUCAAAUCUAGAUCUUCUCUCUUGAUCAGCACGUUUUAUUUUUGUAGAGGCCUUUUUUUUCAUAUUGUGAUGUGUUUUGUCAUCUCUCGGCAUCUAGAGCUCUUUUACUGUGAAGGACUUAAAGGGAUAUUCCGGCAUAAAAUUAGGUUAGGGUCAAACACACCGUAACACGAGUUAGACACCCCCUCCAGAGAUGAACGUUGCCGACCGCUUGCUUCUCUAGUUAUACCAACUUCAGCAAUGACCGCACGAUAGCAAUUCACAGCGAUCUAAGUCUCCAUGUGCAAACCUCAACCAAAAAGCCACUCGUAGCCUUUAAAGGUCGAUUACCUAGUACAGCAGAGUUUCACAGCUCAAGAAAGAAUAUUUAUGAUCAUUACUUCAUGGAAAUACAAUCAGACCGAGACACUAAGGCAGAAGAACUACCGCAUCUGCAGUGCAAAAUUAUUAUUAUGAUGAUGUUUAUUACUUCAAGGAAAUGAUCCGCUGUACUCGGUGAUCGACUCGUCAGGGCUCCCAAUUAUUUGUGGCUAUAGAGAAGCUUUUCGGUUGAGAUUUGUGCGUGGAGACAUAGACCGCUGUGUAUUGCUAUUGUGCAGUUGUUGCUAAAGUUGGUAGAACUAGAGAAGGAAGCAGUCAGCAACAUUCAUCUCGGGGGGAGUUUAACUUGGUGUUAGGGUGUGUUGGACCAUAACUUAAUUUUACACCGGAAUAUUUUUAAGGAAAGGCAGAGGCCUUCGCUGUCUCUCUCCUCUGCUCUCUUUCUGAAACAGACUUGAAAAGGUCUCAUGUAUAUGUGUAUGGGAACAGUCUGUGUUGUAGCUUCAAAGACGUUGGGUGUAUGCAAGUGCUGCGGGUGAGAUGGAGACAGAGCAGGGAGGACUUGCAUGACUGGCAGGAUGAAGCUCAGCUUCAUGAGUGUACAAACAAAACCCUAAACUUUCCUGUAGGGUCAUUUGGAGGUCUGGGCAUGUUACAGCUAUCUCUUUUCAUGGCCCUGUUUUAGUAACAGUGCUGAAGGUGGUUUAGAUAUGCAUUCUGAUGAAACUGUCAUUUUCCUCCUGCCUUUGAUGUUUUCAAAUGGACUAAAUCUUAUACUGAAGUCUUCAUUGUGUCUGUCUCCCAGGCUGAGGAAUAUCCGCUACACCUUCAACACCAUCCUUGUGGUGUUCAUCUGGCGCAUCUUUAUUGCACGUUCACAGAUGGCCAGAAACAUCUGGUACUUUGUGGUGAGCCUCUGCUUCAAAUUCCUCUCCUACUUCAGAGCUUCCUCCACCAUGAGAUAAUGAGCCAGGGACCUGGAUUGUGUGGGGCGUGGCAGACGGGCAAAGAAGUGAAGAAACACAGACACAGAGAGGGUUACUGGAUGAGCCAGGGGUUCACAGCAGUGUAAAUGUCGAAUACAAUCAAUCUAUGUAACCUGAUUAGAACACGCAGAAGACAGAGGUUAGUCUCAAGUGUGUAAAGCUUAUACCAGCCACAGUUGGAUGGUGUGAAGAUUCUGGGCCUCAUUGUGCCCCCAUUCUGUUUAUUUUCAGUCAAACCAGUGCACCUCUGGAACCAGCUUUAACUCUUGCAGUCUGUAAACUCAUUGGCACCCAAACCUGCUCCAUUUGAACAGUCUGCUUGUCUGGCUGCCUCUGUUACAAAACUAUGCAUUGGGGGAAAAAAGGAACAAAAAAAAAAAAGGUUUAGAGUCAGUCCAUACAUGCCCUUCUGUAAAUGCAAUCUUUGAGCAAUAACUACUCCAACCGCUAUGUCAGCACUCACCCAAAAAAUAUUAGGCUCUUUAUAACCCUAGGAAGUUUGUUCAUGUGCUUGUUAUGACAAAGAUGUACAGGGAUCUCCUGGGUUUUCAUCUAAGUGCAGAAUCUCAGCUCCACUCAGCUCCUGGGCAUUAAAGUUGGUUUGCACGUUUGGUCAGUGGCAGUGGCAGUGGAAGGAUGAGUCAUGACUGGAUCAGUAGAGACACGUUCAGGGACAGACUGGCCUUGGAGUCAUUUUCAAACUCGUUCUUGUUUAAUGUUGUUUAAACUCGUUUAAUGAUUUGUGUCCCAAAACCAAAGCCAGUACAGCUAAUGUCUCUAAUAUUUGCUUUGAAUGUGAAGGAAGGAAAUUACUAUAGCAGGGUUUUGUGGAUCGGGCUCAUGCGGUUGUCAUCCACUUUACCUGCGAGGUAUAGACACUAACCCCUAAUGUGCUCCAGUAUGUCCUCAGUGAGCUGCGCUGACUCGUUCAUCUCUUGACCAAACACAGAUCAGAUUGUGACAGGAAAUCUUUAUCCAGUGCCUACAAGGCGACAAUUUUUACAUCAGCAGAUCCUGCUAAUCUAACUGCUCCUCCACUAGGUCCCUGUUGUCUUGUGUGACAGUCGAUUAUAACCAUCUUUCAGUUGUUGUUUUUCUAUUUUUUUUUUUUUUUUUGCCAAAAUACCUCCUAGCUUACAGACUUGUAGCUCAGAAGAGGAUGAGACAAGUAGAGUUGAGAGGUCAGAUCUUUCACUUGGGACCUUUUUCUCUGUUCUCCUCAAGACUUAAGCACUGGAUGAUGUAUUGAGUCAUACACACACAUUGUAGGUGAAGACUCUAACUGAUGUUUGUGCACCACAUCUAAGGUAGCUCUCACUGUAGCUCACCUUCUUUGUGAAAAGUUUGGUUGCAUGUAUUGAAUCAUAUUCCUGUCUAAGUGUAAACAAGUGUCACAUAGUUUAAGUUCUUUUUAUUUACACAUGUAUUUUAUAUUCUGUGAUUGUGACACAGUCUGCAGAUUAUGUCUUGUACUAAUAGUUAAAACUCUUGGAUUAGAGUGUUGUCAUCUUCAUUGAUUUAACACACAUGGUUGUUCUCUUUUGAUGACCUGCUUUGGUUUUGGGAAGGCUCAUUACUGGCAUAAGGUUGUACUACUGCACUCCAUCAUUGCAUAUUGUAUAAAUGUGCAGAGUCAGACAACUUGGCCUUAUUUCAUCAUUUCCAGAUUGAAAAGACAGCAUAGUUAAAUUUCAUUCACAUGAUUCAAACAGCUAACAUUAUCACAAAAAAAAAACAUCCAAGUUCACAAGUUUAACUUUUGCUUACUGGCUAGUUAAUGGCUCUAAUUUGACACCUGUAAGUUUGUGUAUUGGCUUAACUGUCACUCCCCAAUGGGUUAUUAAUAAACCAUAUACCAUUAGCCCCCUCUAAAUUAUAAGCAUGGCAUUUACAGGAGCUGGACAAAGAGGAAACAGAUCAACAAGUUUCCUGAUCUCGUACAUUUAUAUGAUCAACAUACACAAAACCUUGCUAUAUUUUAUUGUAAGCUGUGUUUUUUUUUUUUUGUUUUGUUUUGUUUUUUUUGUUUUUUACAGAAAAUAAUCAUCUUUGCCGUAGUAAGUCUCUUAGGGUUAACACACCUGAGGUUUGUCUGUGCACUUGGUCGUCAUAGUCGUCUGUUUCCUGUUUCUUGAGCACAGUACAAUAUUUGAAUAAAGCAGGGUAUGACUUUAUGCUGAUAUUUAAUUGUGCUUGCAUGUGCCCUUUUGGAGUGUCAUAUAAACGUGAACACACAACAUGCAUAUAUAGUAUAUAUAAACGUCCAGUGAACAUCCUGGAUUCAUUAAGGAAUGUGAUUAGUUGCUGUUUUUACCCAGACAGCAUGAGCCAUUUUUCAGAGAACCACGUGACUCAGUGAAAACACACAAGGUUUUUGAAAGAUGUGGGCUAAUGUGAAUUGUGCCUGAACUUUUUUUCAAUAUUCAACAAUGUGAAAAAAGAACAAUCAGAUCUAUGUUUUCUAAUUAUUUUGUGUACAGCUCUAUUUAGGUAAACUUCACAAUAUAAAGAGACAGAUGUAUUUUUAUGCUAACGACAUUGUGUGGCUCUUUUAAUGAUAAGCUUACUCAACCAGCUUUUGCCGCUGUAAAUAAUGCUCAGAGAAAAAAACGUGCAGCAUCCUGAGAGCUGAAUAUAACUACAAGUUUCUUGGUCGUACCCUUUACAGUGCAUGUACAUGUACCUGUUCUCCCUGAAUGUAAUAGAAUAACAGCAUCUGACUUGUUUGCACUGUAAGUAUCUUCCCCAGCCUCCUAAAACAAGAAUUGACAAAACUAUGAUUGCCUGUACUUUUUAUAUGAAGCAAGUGUUUAUAUGUCAGUCUUUCUGUGCAGUUUGAACUCUGUUUUGUUGUUACUGUGUGUGUGUGUGUGCGUGCGUGCGUGCGUGUGUGUGUGUGUGUGUGAGAGAGAGAGAAAGAGAGAUAGUCAGUCUUGUUCUAGACGGCUGUUUGGUUUGUUGGGUGUUGUUGAUGGGAAUGUCUCAUAAAUGUUUUGUUGACCGACAGGGCAUGGUACACACAGCUAACAUAAGCAUUAACUCUACUCUGAAAUAGUCCUGAAUACUGUUGAAUAGAUUCCUGAUUAAACCAGAAAGCAAGCUUCACAAAGGAAAAGUAACAUAAAAAACAAGUGUGGUUAAGUAUGCUAUUAUCACUCUUAAAGGAAUAGUUUGUGCACUCCAGCCCAGAAUUUGUUUUAUCAUAAGCUUUCCAUCAAACCUUUUGCAAAAACACAAAAUUUUCAGAAAGUUAUUUAAUCCUGAGAAUAAAAAGAUCCUUAAUGUUUCCUCACCUUAAGAGGCUCAGCUGAUCCACAUCAUGGAGACUGAGAGGAGAUAGACCCAGUUGGAUUUAUACUUCUGACUAGUCUGACCAGUGAUCAGGUCUUGAUUGCAAAAUCCAGGGUAUUGAGAACAAAACAAAACAAAACACCAACAAACAAAAGCACAUGAAUCCCAAUAAAUGCAGGUUGUUCUUAUGUAGUAACAAAGCGUUGGUUCAAUCAUGUUUUCAAGACAUUUUCAGUGUUUGAUCACAGACAUUAGGACACAGAGCUUAUUAAUGUAAAUAAUACUUUUGUGUUUUCUCUUGUUUAAAAAAAAAAAAAAAAAAACUUUCUGUCUUUGCACAUUAUUUUUCCAUGUAGAAAUGAAACUGGUCUUUUUAUUUCUCCUUGCAUGUGUCAGAUUCGAUGGCCCAUGUGUUAAUGAGUUGCAUCAAAGUGGAUGUGGUAGUUUAUUAUUUUGUUUUUUAUUUUAUUACCUUUUUUUUGGUUCUCAUUUCUCAACAGCUACAUUUGCUAACUUUCAUGUUGCCAACUUGGGUUGAUAUGCUUACGGCACACUUAUUCUGUGUUUGUAUUUAGGCUGGUUACAAUGUCAAUGUGUUUUCUUAAAUGGAUCUUGAGCUGCCUUUUUUAUUAAACAUCACUUCUACUUUCAGCAGAGCAAUCUGCGCGGGUUAUUGUGUUUGAAAAGAAGAAAAACAGUUGUUGUCAUGGUCAGUCAACACCAAACUCCAAAAACAAUGAUUCAAAGGGUGCCUUUAGUUUGUAAACCAAAAAAGAAAUAAACUGUUUAAUCCUC